AGUUAGAAGCUUGCGUUCGUAAAUCUAGUUGACCUUAAAUUAAGAGGCGCUAGCUGGCUCUGUAGCCAGAGCAAAUGUGACGACGUGUUGUGUGAGCUGUUAGCAAUGGAGCAAGGACGGGGGAGCGUCACCGAACCAGGGGAGGCGCACCUCGUCGCCUGUCUGCCUUUAACUUAUUACAAUAAAACAACUGUUAUUUAUCGGCAUGUACGUGGUAGUGGUAAAAAGAGACCUGUUGUAGUCUACAGUAAUUAAAAUAGAAACCGAAUAUUUUUAAAACAGCUUCUACUAAUUCAUUUCUGUAGGCCCUUGAAUGGUAUAGAUUCUGCUAAUAUAUUUAAUAGUGCCUCACUUGUACAAGAAUUCACCGGAUUAUUGUGCUGUAAAUAUAACGGGAGUGUACAUCUAUUUAAAAAGUCUUUGUUUACAUGUCAUCUCGUGUCUUUAUGUACUUUAACGAUGCAUUGUGUGCAUAAUUAUGCGAAAUGCACAUUUUAAAACGUAUGUUUUUGGAAAUGCGUGUUGUGAAACGUUAGAUUUAGGCUUCUUAUGUAUUUAGGUUGACAUUUGUUUUCCAAACAAGAUUCAUGGGAGAACAAAUAAGACAUGACAGGCCUGCCAUUUUGUCGUAGUACAUAAGAAAAAUCUCAGCAAAAGAUCUGCAUAAAAGUCCACAAACACUCAUUCUAAACUUGCAGUGAAAAUGGUAUGACUGCUGCCACUAUCCUGCGUGGAAAAACAUCGAUCAAACAACUAUAUACAUAUGCUAAGUGAGGAUGGAAGACUCUUCCCACUUGUACAUCUCUGAACGUAGAGACGGGGAGGAUACACAAGAACAACUAGAUAUCAGCUGGGAGCACUUAUACUCUCACAAGCUCCCCAUCAAAGAUACAGAUAAAAAAGCUUUUGUGUGCCAGCACUGCAACAGAUGUUUUACCUGCCAACAAGGCUUGGAACGACACAUGCAUGUUCAUCAUCCUUGCAAAUCUCCAGAGAAGAUAUCCACAAGUAUGAACAGACAGCAUCAGGAGGGCAGGGUCCCUGAUAACCAACUGCAUCCUACAAUGAAGGAAAAUGCCAACCUGACACAAGAGGAAAUACCUCAAGCGCUACUAAGUGAUUCAUUUCAACAACAGACACAGGACAUAAAAACUAUUUCCACUACUGUUUUGGAAAAUAAUGGAGAACAAGCAGAGCAAUAUAUGCUAGAUGUGUCUAGUAAUAUUUCAGAGAAUCUUAGCUUUUACAUUGAUGGAAAGAUACUAUCAACAAGUACAAUAAAUAACUGUGAAAUGGAAAUCCGCUCCGGGUCCUCAACUUUAGUUGGAAUGGACACCCUAAUUUUGGGCCCUGCCCAGAUUAGCCAAGUUUUACACACAGAUACAGAAGCAUCUGGUCAACAACAAUCCAAAAGAAGAACCGCCACACCACCUCUCCUACCACAGAUUAAAACUGAACUGCAGUCUGAGGUGGUCAUGUCUUCAUCCUCAUCACUUCUGUCGUCACUGAUUGAGAAUCUGUUCCCUCAGAAUACAGAAUCAGAGAUUGUUCAGGAGGAACGCACUGUUUUCCUGUCUCCAAAACUUAAGCAGCUUCUUGAGAAACAGGAGGGUUUUAAACCUACAGUUGCCCUCAUCACUGACGGACAGAAGUCUUCAUCACCUGUUUCACUCACUGUCCUACCUUCUGGGACUGGAAAGUUUAGGAGAAGAACUGGCUCUCCCACUGGGUCCUCACAGCAAAUUCUUGCAGCAAAUGAAGAAACGGGAGAGCCAGAUCUGUUAGAUUUGGGUGAUGGAAGUAAAAGACAGAUUGAUGCUCAGUGUAACUCGCCUGUCCAACAAACAGGAAAUGAGACUAAUGAUGCAACUCAAUCUGUAGCUGUGCCAGAAGGGAGUCCUGUUUUGUCAGAGAGUUGGGCCCCAGCGACUGGUGGUAAUCCAUGUAACCAGCAACCCCUGGAUCUUUCUAAUACAGUCAAAAGAAAUGAAGAUGAAGCAUCAGCUGAUGCUGCGCUAGAUUUGAGUUUACAAAGAAAAAGCCCAGGUGAAUUGGGUUCAAAUUCAAAUGUGGCAGAAAAGGUCUUAAUAAGUAGUGAGGAGCAAAUGAUAAGCCAUGUGAAUCCAGAAACGCCUGUAGUUACAGACUUGACUCUUGUAACAGGUUCAGAUGUUGUGAACCCACUGGAGCAUGUUGCUGAGGGACUUGUUUAUGGACUGACCUUACCCCCAAAUUCUCUGACUCAAUCACCUGCGUCGCUUACUUCUCUUGCCAUGGAACCAUCUCCACAGUGCACCAUAGCAUUUGCUUCUCCAGUCACUCACACUGUACUCCCUGCUGCUCCCUCAUUGAUCACAGUUUUGGCUCCACCUUCAUCUCUUUCCAACCCCUCAAACCAACCAAUCCAGGUACUUGCCCCAAACAUAUCUCCAGAACCCUUGGUGAUUUGCACAGAAAAUCCAUUAAAUUCAUCACAGUGUGAUUUAACUACUGCAUUUGCCUCUGCCAACUCUGCAAACAUUGUCACUCUCUCCCAGCCACUUGACCCAACCCUGAAUCUACCUAGCCACAUCUUUCUCACUGAUCAGAUUGCACUCAACCCACCAAUGGUUGAAUCUGCUCCUGUGUCAGAAAUGUCGUUCCCUCCCACUGUAACCUUAAAUGAUUCCCUACUCAAAUUAGCCAGCAGCACCGUCUUAAUAGAGUGUACCAUAGCUCUUGAAGCUCCAGGAAGUAUUGUGCCAGCUGCAGUAACUUUACAAGAGAAUACAGCUGAGCCUCUAACACCCACUCAGAUGGUCAUCAAUCAAUUAGAACAACAACGGGUCACAUCUUUACCUGACCCUCAACCUGUGGACCCUCCUGUUCUUGUGUCUGCCAUCCCAGAAUCUGUAACCCUGACAUCUAACACCCCAGUGAUGUCUGAUUCUCCUCCUGUGGCAGACUCAAAACCUGGUCUAGGACUUGUUAGAACAGAGCUUCCUACAAAAAAAGUUGAGGAAGUAUCUGAUGGGUCUGUUUCUAUGUCUGAAACCGCACCUACAACACCUCCUGCCCCUCCUCCUGACAAAACUGAGGAAGAACCCUUAAAUGAGACAGCAGUUGAUGCAGAGGAGCAGACUUUCACCAAGAAUUUCAUCUGCAAUGUGUGUGAAAGGCUCUUCCACUCAAUGAAAGAACUUGGCCAUCAUGUGGCUGACCAUGCAGAUGAAUGGCCCUACAAAUGUGAGUUCUGCGUGCUGCUGUUUGGCAAGCCAUCCGCGCUACUCGACCAUCGAUCGAGUCUUCACGGCGUCGGAAAGACCUACGUUUGUAGUGCAUGUACAAAAGAAUUUGUCUACCUUUGCAAUCUGAAGCAGCAUCAAAAUGAACUGCAUCCUGGGCAGCAGUGCUCAUACACGGAAGAAGAAAAGGGUAAACUGAGACCUCAGAACUACAACAACACAAGUAAAAACAAUACAGAUCCUUCAGUCACAAAGUCACCAGAGGAAUCAAAAAAAUCUGUCAAAAAGGAAGAAUGCGAAGUUGACAUGACUGCUGAUGAGCUCUUUACAACAAUUAAGAUCAUGACUUCAGAUGGAUGUAAAAUCAAAGGGCCUGAUGUUCGUCUUGGCAUAAACCAGCAUUAUCCCAGCUUUAAGCCGCCUCCCUUUCCUUACCAUAACAGAUCCCCUGCAGGGUCACUUGCUUCAGCUACAAACUUCACCACCCACAACAUCCCACAAACCUUUAGUACAGCUAUUCGGUGCACCAAGUGUGGGAAAAGCUUUGACAAUAUGCCAGAGCUGCACAAGCACAUCUUGGUAUGUGCAAAUGCAAGUGAUAAGAAGCGAUACACGCCUAGAAAAAAUCCUGUCCCCUUACGCCACUUUGCAAAAACCCAGAAUGGAGUUUUGUCUACGACGAACUCUGCUAAUGGACUAAAUACUUCAGUCAGAGUCAGUCAGGGAAACCGGUCCAAACCAAAUCAAGAGCCACCAGUCAAGAUCAAAAUACUUAAUAAAAGGAAGAAGAAGUUUGUCCAGAGGAUUAUGCCACAUAGAAACAAGUCAAUUUCUUCAGCAAACAAACUGUCACCUGCACAGGUAGAAAUCUUUGUCUGCCCUCACUGCAACAGAGAGUUCACAAUGCGCCGCAGCAGAACCAAACACAUGGCCGUCUGCCCCAAAAAGCCCAAAGAGAUGACAAAAAGGAAAGAGGGAGGAAUCUCUCUCACAAAAGAGAACAACGAACACUCGCAUCGAGGAGUUUCCCAUUUAAAAGAGAAACUGCAAUCCCCGCCUCGGCAUAACACAAGACUCCAGACAUCUGGCUCUACAAAGAGACCUGCCAUUCUUCCAGUACAAACCGUCUUCUCAAGCAAACGAAGUAAAAUCAUCAUUAAGGAGCGCAUACAGCCCAAAGAAGAGGCGCCUAUGCUUGCAGAAGUUCCCAUUCGCACUUUCAACCCGUCUCUGCGGCAGUACAGCAGAGUGCAGCACAGCAUCAAAGGAAUUCCCAUUAAAAUCACUAUUGUGAAGCCUCCACAGAGUGUCCCGCUGACAGAUGAAUCAGCUGCUGCUCAGACUGAAGAAGUUGCAUCUGGAGCCAUUAAAAGCUGCUCCGAGCAGAAAUCCUCAGCUUGAGAACAUGAGUAAUCCUCCAGGAUAUGCAGGACUCCACUGUAUGAAACACUCUCCGUUAUCCUACAGGGAGAAGUACUGGUAAUCACACUGGAAACCCAGUAGACCUGUAGACUGCAUUAUACUGUACAAUAAAUGACUGAUUACAGAAUGGAUAAAACAGACCUGUAAUGCGAACUUGAGAGAAUGUGUGAAUGCCAUUUUAGUAGCUUGAGAUUUUGAGGAAAACAGAAUCCUUCAUUGCAUAAGCUUGCUGUGUCAAUAGCUUGGAGUUGCACUUGAAGUUAAUCUAGCUGCUUCAUGCUACAAAUUGGAAAAGGAAGUAGGAUGAACUGAGCUCCUCGCAUUUCCUUCUUGAUGGGCGGUUUAGAGAGCAUGGCAGGUGACAAUCAUUUCUGGCAUGCAUUUGCACUUUUUCUUUGUACUCUGUUGCCUUUUGGUUUCAAUUCUAAUUGCAUGCUGUCUGUGAGCUUCUGCUCUCGCUACACAGAUUUAAGAUGGAUUAUGUUGAUACAACUUCAAUACUGAAUCUGAUCAUGAACCUUUUUCUCUGAGGGGUAAGGUCAGCAAUGUGAGUAAAGAAAAGACAUGUCUACUGUUCAGAAAUUGUACAUUUGGAGAGGUUUUUUUUUUUCCCCUGAAGUUACAAAAAACCUGAAUUUCAAGCAGUAGCACAAUGUAAUGUAACCUUGGCCUGAAUCUCAUAUCUUAAGUCCUUUGUUUUGUAAUCAUUAAUUUUUAGAAAGACAGUCGGAGUAGUGGGUUUUCCAUAAUUGCUGUGAAUGUAAUAUUUACUGAAAUUAAUGCUAUAGGCAUUUUUGACGCCCAGCUGCUACUAAAUGAGUUUGAAUAGAAUGCUCUUGUGUGCCAUGAAAUUUAAUUAAAAUGGUAAAAUACAGCAUGGCAACAGUGAAAGUGUAUCAUCUUUCAGUGUUUCUCAGAUGAAGAAUUUAUUUAGCUGCUUUAGCAAAUUAUAAACCAUUGUCUUAUUGAAAUUUACUUUCACAUCUGAGCUACGUGUAAUUCUUGUUCAGAGGGUAUAGCAUAUGAACAUCUUUUAAGUUAAGUGCGAUAAUGCAUAUUUUCUCAUGUAUUUACAGAUUGAUGUAAACAAAUUCUCUACAACUGAGAAAUCUUGCCAGUUGAUGCAUUUGGACCGCAACCCCAAAUAGAAGUGCUGUGUUUCUAUUAUGUGAAGUUAGUUGCAUCUUUGACUGAACCAAUCCCAAUAUUUGGUAUCUGUGCAUUUUCAUCUGACUUGCUCUCUUCUUUAUGCUUUGUUUUGCACAUCUUCCCACAAAUACUUAUCAAACAUUUGUUUUGUGGUGUUUUGUUAUCCCUACAGUGAUUGAAAAUGUAAUAUUGUUUGUUUUUCAUCUGGAACACAAGCACUUCACUUUUGUUUGUACUUUCAAAAAUUGUUUUUGGCUAGGAGAUAAUAUUCUUGUGGGAUAUAAAAACAUUUGUUGCACAGUGUCCUAAAUCAAAUAGUAUUUGUUUUAUGUAAGAUUUUGUUUCUUAUAUCAACUAAAGGUUUGGAAAAAUAACUGCUAUACAGGGUAAUAAUUUUGUGUGAGAUUUAAAUAUUAAUUUUGUAAUCUGAAACUUGAUAAAGUCUCUGCAUCUGUAAUUUUUUUUUUUUUUUUUUUUUUGGCCUUUUCAGCCCAAGCUGGCAUUUCUUUGGUUCUGGCUGAAACCUUUUGGAUGUACAGAAUAGAUUGGGAGACAGAUGCUGAACUGUGAAAAGUGCUUGUAGCAUUUUAAAAAUGUAAAUUGAGUCAUGUAUAUUUAUUAAUAACUUAAAAUCAUGUUCUUGAAUAAUUCCUGUUUGAUUUGCACUAAAGUUUGUUUUUUUUUCAAGCAAGUGUUAAAAAAUAAAUUGAGCGUCAACUGAA